UCUUUCACGUUUGGUUUAAAAUGUGGUUCUCUUCAGACCUGUUUUCCUGAGUGAUUGCAGGAUAGCUACUGGGCUACUUGAUGGCAAGUAGACUGGGUACUGGUCUAUUUGAUAGUGGUAGACUUGUACUGGUCUAUUUGAUGGUGGUAGACUGGGUACUGGUCUAUUUGAUGGUGGUAGACUGGGUACUGGUCUAUUUGAUGGUGGUAGACUGGGUACUGGUCUAUUUGAUGGUGGUAGACUGGGUACUGGUCUAUUUAAUGGUGGUAGACUGGGUACUGGUCUAUUUAAUGGUGGUAGACUGGGUACUGGUCUAUUUGAUGGUGGUAGACUGGGUACUGGUCUAUUUGAUGGUGGUAGACUGGGUACUGGUCUAUUUAAUGUUGGUAGACUGGGUACUGGUCUAUUUGAUGAUGGAGGCCUGGGUACUGGUCUAUUUGAUGGUGGUAGACUGGGUACUGGUCUAUUUGAUGGUGGUAGACUGGGGACUGGUCUAUUUGGUGGUGGUAGACUGGGGACUGGUCUAUUUGAUGAUGGAGGCCUGGGUACUGAUCUAUUUGAUGGUGGUAGACUGGGUACUGGUCUAUUUGAUGGUGGUAGACUGGGUACUGGUCUAUUUGAUGGUGGUAGACUGGGUACUGGUCUACUUGAUGGUGGUAGACUGGGUACUGGUCUACUUGAUGGUGGUAGACUGGGUACUGGUCUACUUGAUGGUGGUAGACUGGGUACUGGUCUACUUGAUGGUGGUAGACUGGGUACUGGUCUACUUGAUGGUGGUAGACUGGGUACUGGUCUACUUGAUGGUGGUAGACUGGGUACUGGUCUACUUGAUGGUGGUAGACUGGGUACUGGUCUACUUGAUGGUGGUAGACUGGGUACUGGUCUACUUGAUGGUGGUAGACUGGGUACUGGUCUACUUGAUGGUGGUAGACUGGGUACUGGUCUACUUGAUGGUGGUAGACUGGGUACUGGUCUACUUGAUGGUGGUAGACUGGGUACUGGUCUACUUGAUGGUGGUAGACUGGGUACUGGUCUACUUGAUGGUGGUAGACUGGGUACUGGUCUACUUGAUGGUGGUAGACUGGGUACUGGUCUACUUGAUGGUGGUAGACUGGGUGAUUUUAGGGUACAUGACAUUAGGCAUUGUUCAGUGAGUAGUCAGACCAAUAGAUGCAUUUUAAUGAACUCUGAACUGAGGGACCAGUAACAUGGAGUGUAGACCAACAGACAGUCGUCGGUAGAUGUUCAGACUCAUAGCUUUGUCUGGAUCACCUAGUGUCUGUCUGUGAAGAGGGACUUAGUUAUUUGCAUUUGGGUCAAACAAAACAGCAGUUGUGAUGUAAUGACUUUAUUUUUUUUUUUUAUACAAAUUUUCGAUUUGCUUUUAAUUUAUCUUCUGUCCUUUUAUCAAUGUUAUAAAAUCUCAGCAAUAAGCAUGUUCAUUUUGUGAGCUCUGGUGUUCCGUGUCUACCCACAACGAGAAUUAUCCAUUAUAUUGACCAGGUGGUUGAGUGGCAUCUCUAACAAUUGAAAGAGAUGCCACUCAAUGACCCUAUUCGAUCAAAUAAACCACGUGUUUAAAAUAAGCCUUAUGUUUUUUGUUGUUUUAAACCAAAUUUAACACUCAUUAACCUCUGUACAAAAUCUCCUGGUUUAGUGAGUGAAACAUUUUUAUACGAAACACCACCUGCUGGAGAAGACAGAUUUUGGGCCCAGUAAAUCCCUCUCUCUUCUCUUCUUCUGUGGUUGUGGAGGUGGUUGUGCGUGCAGUACCUUCAGCUGCAGACGGGGUUUUUUUUAUUCAUGAGAUUUCACGGAACCAAACUAAGUCUGUUCUAAAGGGAUAUUCUCCCUACUGGUUCUUCGUGAAAUAGUAAUGUAAUAAUAUAUCUUGAAGCUUCUUGGUUCUAGUCGAAAGACGUGUGUGUGUGUGUGUGUGUGUGUGUGUGUGUGUGUGUGUGUGUGUGUGUGUGAGAGAGAGAGUUGAGGGGCAUCAGGGGUUAGCAGUAGACAUCAUGCUUCGGGUCAUGUGAUCAUUCCAUAAGGAGUCUGACAUUUUUCCAUCUGUUGAUAGUGAAAUGUUCAUUCUGUUGCAAAACUGUGUUUUUAUGAUUUAUUUAAAUAAAUAAAAAUUAAUGGGUGCAAUGUG